UGCUUAGAUAUUUGAAGAAGAUUACUUGAAGACUGCUUUUAGAAUCAAAAAGCAUGGAUCCCAGCAGUGACUACCAUUUCCUCAAUCAAAUUUUGUGGAGAAGGGUGAAACUAACAUUGGUUUGUGGCAUCUUUGAGGGAGUGCUCCAGCAUGUGGACCCUAACAAGAUUGUUGUCUUGAAGAAAGUGAAGAAUGUGGAGACUGGUCGAAGUGUCCCAGGAGUGAAGAUGUUUUUUGGGCAUGAGAUUGUGAAUGUGGAACUACUGGAUGAAGUGGAACAAGGUGCAGUGGGAGGAAAAGCAUCCUCUGUUAGUCUAAAUACAGAAAGAACAAGGUUGGAUAAAGUGAAAGAUGAAGACCUAAAUGUAUGUGAGUCUCCUCCUCCUGCUCCUGAGGCACCAACCACCUCUCUCCUGAAUGACCUCAAGUACAGCCCGUCGGAGGAAGAAGAGGUGACAUACACAGUCAUUGAUCAGUUCCAGCAGAAGUUUGGUGCUGCAAUGCUCCACAUUAAGAAGCAGAGUGUCUUGAGUGUGGCUGCAGAAGGAGCUAACGUGUGUCGUCAUGGAAAACUCUGUUGGCUUCAGGUGGCCACAAAUAGCCGUGUCUACUUGUUUGAUAUUUUCCUUCUGGGAAAUCGUGCUUUCAACAAUGGACUUCAGAUGGUAUUAGAAGACAAGAAGAUUUUGAAGGUUAUCCAUGAUUGUCGUUCGCUUUCUGAUUGCCUCUCUCAUCAGUAUGGAAUUUUGCUGAAUAAUGUCUUUGAUACACAGGUAGCAGAUGUCCUUCAAUUUUCCAUGGAAACAGGUGGCUUUCUUCCAAACUGCAUCAGUACUUUACAGGAGAGUUUAAUCAGACACCUUAAAGUAGCCCCUAAAUAUCUCUCCUUUCUAGAAGAGAGACAAAAACUGAUUCAGGAAAAUACAGAAGUGUGGUUCACACGACCUCUUUCACCCUCCUUACUGAAAAUUUUGGCCCUAGAAGCCACCUACCUGCUACCCCUUCGCUUGGUACUCCUGGAUGAGAUGAUGUCUGACCUAACCACCCUGGUGGACAGGUACCUAAACACCUACCGAGAAGGGUCUGCAGACUGGCUGGGAGGCAUGGAGCCUACAUGUAUGGAACUUCCAGAGGAACUGCUGCAACUCAGGGACUUCCAGAAGCAGCGCAGAGAGAGAGCUGCAAAAGAAUAUAGGAUGAAUGCACAGGGACUCCUAAUAAGGACACUGCUACAUCCAAAGAAAUCAGUGACAGAGACAACAAAGAAAGAGGAAAAAGUAAGAGGUUUCUUACUUUGUGAAAAUUCUAGGCUAGAUAAAGCUCCAAGUUUUACAUCUCAUGAGGAUGUAAAUUUGCUGAAAGAAGAAGCUAAGAGUAAACAAACUACAACAGAACCUCCACAUUUCCCUCCCAUAAAGCAAGAAGUCCGUGAGGAUUCCAGUAACAAAGUCAUUUGCCCUGAGUCAGAGGGGUCAGAGGACCAGAGAAUAAAUCAGAAAAAACACCUUAAGCUACCCAAACAGGAAUUUCAAGCAAGUUUAUCUUUGAAAGAGGAGAUAGAACAGUUACUGAUGGUGGAAAACAAAGAAGAUCUAAAACGCACAAAACAAGAUGUUUCAAUGUCUCCUUCCCUUCCUCAGGAAACCAGAGUGUCUCCAAGUGACACCUGUCAUCCUUUUAGAAAAGCUGCACUUCCUACACUUCCUCCCUGUCCAGCUUUGGAGGAGACUGAUUCCUGGAUAAAUUCUUCUGCAAAUCUGCCUUAGAGAUCUGCAAUUUGUUCCUUAGGCCAUAAAGGUGGCUCAUUUCCCCUACCAUCAGGGCUUCCCUCAGUGCUUAAAUGUCUCAUGUUAUAAGUUUAGUUAUGCCUCAAUCCCAGGCUUUAGGGGAAAUUAUAUCCUCUUGCUUUCUCCUGCACUCUUGGAAUUUGAUUAGGAUAGGAACGAGUAAAUUAAAUAAUAGAAG